CUUUACGAAAGUUUGCUGGCUCAGCAACUGAGAAUCAACUCAAGUCCUGUGCGAAUGCCGAAAAUGACUAGUCCACGUCGCUCGCAGCGAUUGCGAUCUGGAAAGGGAGCGCAAACGUCUUCGGUCACAAAAGGUAAAGCAAGAUCUGUCUCGGCUGUCUCUUCGGUGGACCUCGAUUUCUUGGAAACCCAAAUCUCCGAGAAGCUUACCAAAAAGCUCGACAAGACUACAAGAACGCGACGCAAGAUUGCUUCGUCCAUAUCAUCAGGCUAUUUCACCGAAGAACAAACAGACGAAGAAGAUAGCGAAUAUGAGAAACAUCUUCAAAGAUCACCGCUAGACUCAGAAUACAGCGACAUAGAAAAUUUCACCGCCAAGAGGAAGGAGUCCUACGACAGCAGAUACGAGUCUGGAAACGAAGACUACGAGCUCAACGAUUUUGUCGUAGACGACGACGUCUCCAUCAAAAGUGAAAGUGACGCAACUAUCAAAGCCCAUUCACCUACCUACAAUACUCGACGCGCGUCCGCGAUUACGUCCACUCUAUCCGUUAUUUCAGAAGCAACGCGGCGAUCCAAGAGUAGCACCUCCUCGAGACUUUUCUUCUCUGAAUCAGAAGAUGGGAUACAGACGCUUGAUAUGAUGGCCUGGUUACAAUUAGGUAUCGCAUCCGAUGAUCCUGAGGACGUUGGCGAGGGCGUUGUGACGGAGCCAAGUGCGGAGGUGGUCGAGGAGAUAUCGGAUGCAGUGGCGAUGUUUUCGAGGCGAUGUAAUAGGGGGAGGCCGCCAAUUCGAUUGCGUCUCUCUUCGUUUGCUGGGAAAGAUGGUGAGGUCAAGGAAGCAUUGGAUAGAGCUGUGGAUUUGGGACUGGGGAGAAAGUUGUCGUUGCGGGAUGGGACUAAACUUUGGACUAUUGGACCGAAAACCAAGUGA